AUGGCCGUCCACAAUCUCAUACUAUCCAUGAAAGGCAUUCAAGAAUCCCUUCGUCUCUGGUCGCUCUCACAGGCGACACCCGAACAGGUGUCUGAUUGCUACAUGCAAUUCGGGGUCGAAUUCAACGUUAUCGUGAGGGCAUUCGAUGGUUAUGGAAUAGGUACUGGGGAUCUACAUCCAAUACCUGCCUCUCUCCGUGCUGCGCUUGAGAAUCUCCUUGGCGAGGAUCCUUCCCCAGGCGCAUUGGCGAUGUACAUGCCCGAGAUCAGAGGCUUGUUAUGCGAGCUGUUGCAGGGGUUGAAGGCGAAACAGGCUGCGUGGAAGGCAGCCACGAGUGGCCCACUGAGCGCAGUAUCAAGAGAGUGA